CAUACGAAACGCUAAGAAACAAGUAGAGCGAACUAUCCAAAUUUUCAUUUUCAAUGCGAUAUUUGCAACGAUGAGUGGCGUAGUAAAGACUAAACGUAACCUGAUGUGUGAACACUGAAAUUUGAAAGCGAUAAACGUAAUAUCUUAACAUUUGUUGGUGAAGUGCCACGUGUACAAUUUCAUCUUGGCGCCAACAAUUAUUAUCCGCCACACAACAGAAAGCGAACUGAAGCUGUUUCUCGUUGGAACUUGGAAGCAGUUAGUUGCGAAUUAGAAUGGCAGUGAAAGCUGUAAAUUUAGGGUUUCAGUUCCCCUCAUCAAGUCCUUCAAGCUUUGGUUCUUCUUCUCCAAAGCUCCGCAAAGAUCGGUUAGUGUUUCGGUCCUCAACAGUGGAGCAAAUCUCUUUUACAGAAUCUGAGAAUUCACUCAUCGAAGCUCUUCUCGGCAUCCAAGGACGUGGACGUUCUUCUUCUCCGAACCAGCUCAAUGCUGUUGAGCGAGCUGUGCAAGUUCUCGAACGUUUAGGUGGCGUGCCUGAUCCGUUCAUAGAUUACUGGAGUACAUCAAAUUUAAUUCUGCAGACAAAAUCAAACUUAAUCGAGGGUCGUUGGCAGUUAAUUUUCACUACCAGACCGGGAACAGCAUCGCCAAUUCAGAGAACAUUUGUUGGGGUUGACUUCUUUAGUGUAUUUCAAGAGGUAUAUCUUCAAACAAAUGAUCCACGGGUGUGCAAUAUUGUGUCAUUUUCUGAUGCCAUUGGUGAGCUGAAAGUUGAGGCAGCAGCAUCAAUUCAAGAUGGAAAAAGAAUCCUUUUUAGGUUUGACAGAGCUGCAUUUUCUUUUAGAUUUCUGCCAUUUAAAGUUCCAUAUCCAGUUCCAUUUAGGCUACUUGGUGAUGAAGCAAAGGGUUGGUUAGACACCACCUAUUUGUCGCAUUCAGGAAACCUUCGUAUCUCAAGGGGAAAUAAGGGAACUACAUUUGUGUUGCAGAAGCAAACUGAACCUAGGCAGAGGUUACUGACAGCGGUUUCGUCAGGGAGGAAUGUCAAAGAGGCAAUAGAGGAAUUAGUUUCCCUAACGCGGAAUAAUGGUGAAAAGGAACCAGAACUAGAAGAAGGAGAGUGGCAGAUGGUAUGGAACUCACAGACUGUGACAGAUAGUUGGAUAGAGAAUGCUGCAAACGGUCUGAUGGGAAAGCAGAUCAUCGGGAAAAAUGGUCGAAUAAAGUUUGUGGUUGACAUCUUGCUUGGGCUUAAGUUCUCCAUGACUGGAAAUUUUGUGAAAACUGGCACCAAAAUGUAUGAUGUUACAAUGGACGAUGCAGCCAUAAUUGGUGGCCCAUUUGGAUAUCCCAUGCAGAUGGAGAACAAGUUCACCUUGGAGCUUCUGUAUAGUGAUGAGAAGAUCAGAAUCACCCGGGGAUACAAUGAAAUCCUGUUCGUUCAUACGCGUACCGAUGCAUCGAGGAUGAACUAACUCUGCCAAAUAUACAACACAAGGGCUUCCACUUCUUUUUUGUUUUGCUAAAUGGCCUUUUUGGUCUUACUUUUUAGUACUCUGCCUCUGCGGGGAAGUUUAUAGUUGGACUACUUAUCACUUGGAAAUUGAAUUUUAGGGGUAUUCACAGAA